GUAUUAUUCCGUUGCAUUUGUUCGAGCGCAGUUGUUAGUAUUAUGCGCGCCGUCAACGGAUUCUCGUAAUUGUUGUCUCGCUCUACUUUUGUUUUCUUUUUGAGUUUCGAGAUUCAUUUUCGUAAAUAAAUAGCGUUAGUAAUUUAAACUAGAAUCAUCAAAAUGUAAGAAUUUAUAAAUAAAUACGCGUUAAAUAUAAUUUUAGAAAAAAAACUAUCCACAUUCUUAGAUUGUGCAAAAAAUGAUUUCUGGUCCAUCGAAAUACAGAACGAACUUUUAUAUUUUAUGCAAGUUUUCCAAAAUGAAAAAUGACAUUUCUACCUAAACUGUGAUUAAACAGUUGCGAAUAAAUGAAAGAAUCUUUAAAUUAUUUAUUGGAGUGGAUGUUAACAGGAAUAAUUCCUGUGCAUAUGACAUGCCUUUCAGCCUUAUAGAGUAUUUUCCAGAUGUUGAAGGAGAUGGUCUUAGAGUGACUUGGGCUCAUGCAGUUAAUAGUAAAGCAAAAUUAGAUGCUGCUCUCAGAGGUCCUGCCAUGAUGUUGGAAGCUGAUGUAAGUAUGGCAUGCAACAGUCCAUAUCCUCUUCCAGUAAUGGCUCAACCACCAGAUAGUGCUAGUGAUAUGACCCUUGAAGAGUGGCUUUAUACAGCAGUUUGCCAUAAUAAUAAAGGUAUUAAAUUGGAUUUUAAAUGUACAGAAGUUGUGGAGCCUGCAUGUAGGAUACUUGACAAAAUAGCAGCUAAGUUUAAUGGACCUAUUAUUCUAAAUGCUGAUAUCCUACCAGGACCUGGCAAUCCAUCUCAUGUACCUAUUGACUUAUGGACAUUCCUUAUCUUAUGUCGAGCCAGGUUUCCUAAUUCAAUUUUGUCCAUUGGAUGGACUGCAGAAGUCAUUCCAGGAAGUUCACAGAAAAUAGGUUAUUCAGAAGAGAUGAUAGAUCGAAUGAUUGGCCUAGUUAAGGAAUACAGACUUACCCAACCAGUAAUGUUCCCUGUAUGUGCUUCAUAUUUAAAAUAUUCAGUGCCUGAAAUUGAGAGUUUAUUAUUUCAAGUUCCUAAUGGUUCUUUAACUGUGUGGUCUGCUAAAGGACAUCCAAUUAACGUGGAUGAUCUCCUAGCCAUCAGGAAAGCUUUUCACAUUAGUUAUGUUUUUUAUGAUCUUCCAAGUGAACUGCUUGAUGAAUUUCUUUGCAUGGCCUAUGAUAAAAAAUAAUUAUUUUGGAUGUUACUAUUUUGAUACUAACUAGUUUUUGUAUAUAUACAUGCUCAAUUUAUUUUAUAUAUGUAUUUUUUUUAAUGAGAUUUAUUAGAAUAUGCUGGCAGCUAGUAUUGUAUUAUAUUGUAAAGUGAAGUAUAUUAAGAAAAGAAUAAUCAUUUUAAAAUGUUUCACAUAUAUUUGUACUUAUGUACCUGUAGUUAUUUGUUUAACAUUGUAAAAAUUUUGUAGAAUGUUUUUUGUAAUUGUAUAUUUUUUCAAAGUAGUCAGAGAAAACUGCUUAAUUUUUAUAUUAUGAAUAAUUACCACAUUAUGAUUAUUCAUACAAAGUGAGAAUAUCUGCGAUAGUAUGCCUCUUUUUUUAAUGAUGAUUGAAUAAUGUUUUUUAUAUACAAUCAGCAUUGUUAUUUCUUGAAUUAGUUAAGGAUUGAUUAUUUAUUUUAUAGUAAAGGAAUUGAUAUAUUAAUUUAUCAGUUAGUUUUAUAACCAGAAGCAAUAAAAAUUAUCAGUAGUGUAGAAAUUAAACAAUUUAUGUAUUUUUUAUUAAGAUUUUUUGCUUAAAUCAUAGUUUUUGCAAUGGAACAAUGAGAAAUAUGUAUUUUAAAAAAUUGUUACAUGUGAUUUGACAAGAUGGCAGAAACCUAAUUCAAUGUAUUGUAAAAAUGCAAAUAUUUAAACAGUAUGUUUCUGUGGUUUGCAUUAAGUUGAUGAAAUUUUACUUAAUUUUUAACAUGCAAAAUUCCAAGUAAGAAAUACAUAAAGCAUUUCAGAUAGCUGCUAUAAAAGAUGCCUUACAUCUUUAGCUUGCCAAUCAUGAAAAUAUGUCUUUUGCAGGAGAAUAAUAGUUUUGUUUUUUGCAUGAUCUGGUGAUUUUGAUAAGGUUAUGGUAUGUGUAAGUGAAGUUUGCUUUUGCUUUGGUCCAGCAAGUCCAACACCAAUCAUUACACCCAGUGUGUUCAUCUUUUUACUAUAAUAUUCUGUAAGCUUGACUUAAACAUCAAGUGGCAUAAAUACUAUAGAAAACAUAUUUUGAUUUCUCCAAAAUAUUUUUGAAUUUGUUUAUAUUCAAUUAACAUAACAGAAAUAAAUAUGACCCACUAUUUUCUUAGAAUGAUAAUGGAUAUGUUAAAUUUCUACAUUUAUACUAAUAUUAUAAUUAUUCUCAUUUGAAUAAUUAGUAAAUUAUUGCAUAGCUAAUGUUUAGACAAAAACGUUUUUAUAUUUGUAUUCAUUAAAAUAAAACUGCAAACUAGAAAAUAACUAUUGUAUUUCAAAAGUUUUAUUUGUAAAACAUAUGAAAUUUUUAUAAAACCCAAAUAAUAAUAGAUCACAGCAAGAAAUUCUUAUAUCAUAGAGUAUAUCAUAUUCAGUCUAUUCUUAAUCAUUAAGAAUGGAUAGAAAACAUCUUGUUGAACAUUGCUUCAUUGGAUGCAAUAACAAAUUAUUUUUGAUUAGAUAUUUGUUGUAAAUAAAUAUUCCUUACAAUAUCCAAAUUGUAAUGUCUGAAUUUAAAGUAUUAGGAUGUAACUUUGUUUCUUUUAAAAGCAUUGAAAUGUUUGUUAGAUAAUCAAAUAUAAAUUAUAAACUGAAUUAGUUGUGUCUUUUUAUACCAAUAUUAAUUUUUGUUAAAAGUGCAAUACAAUGAUUGAAAUAGAAACAAAGUUAUUAGUGAUACUUGUAAAUGUAUAAAUAUUGUUUUUCUACUUGUAAAUUAUUCAUAUUUAGCUUAUAAAUUAAUUAGUCAUAUUUUCUUUGAUGUAAGAUAAUUUUAUAAAUAAUCUAGUAUUAUCAAGUGUUUAAUAUAACUUAUGCAAUAGCAUGGGUUAUGAUGUGUUUUGAGGACAUGGAUGGACAUUCGGAGACAAUUUAUGACAAUUGGCUUUUGAUAAAUCUGUCUUUAUAGGAUUUUAAGCUGUUCAAAAGUAACAACUGUAAAAACAUGGUUGUUACUUUUAUGUCAGUUUGAAUAUUUCAAAAAUUAUCUUAUGACUUUCCUACAGUAUAAAAUGGAUAUAUUAUUCAUGUGUACUAUUUUAUGCUGUAGUAUAGUUCAUAGUAAUAUUGUACAGUGUGUGGUAUUGAUAUACAUCUUAUUGUAUAUCAAGCCAUAUUUAAGAUCUAAGGGAAAUUUAAUAAAAAUUUAAUAAAAAUUUAAUCAGCAACAAGAAUAUACAUUUAUCAUUAGUUAAAUAAUUAUCCUGAAUGUUUUGGCUUUAUUGCAAUAUAUUUCAAAUAAACUUCAUAUGCCAUAAUUCCAGUUGACUGUGUCUUUUGUUGAUAAACUUUUAACAUUUUAUUUUUUUACAGCAAGUUGUGA